UAUUUUAUAGUGCGCGAUGGGAAAGAUGAGCCGCAUCGAAUUUUUUUUUAUUUUUAUUCUGUGAAUAAUUUUUUUAUUUUUGAUUAGUAUGUAAAGUUUGUAAAUCAUUUAUUUACUUUGAAAACGUCUACAAGAUUACACAGAUUAUUAUGGCUAAAGGGGAUAAGAAAGGGUCAAAUAAUGCUGAUUCGCGUAAUGAACCAGUUACAAAAGAUAGUAGAUUUAAAUCGGUGCAUAAUGAUCCAAGAUUCAAUUUACCAAACUUGAAGAAUUUUAAAAUCAAAGUUGAUGAACGUUUCAGUAGAAAAGAAUUAAAGAAAUUGAAUGCUGGUGCUACUGGUAAACAUGUCAAGAUAGAUAGAUAUGGUAGAAAAUUAAAGGAUGAAGACUCCACUAAGGCUCUUGAAAAGUUUUAUGAACAUGAGGAAGAUGAAGAAGAAGAAGUUGAUGAGAAAGAAAUAGAGGAAUCAGACGAUGAUGAUGAUGAAGAGGAAGAGGAAUCAGAUGAAUCCGAAGUUGAAGAUGUAGAGGCUAUACUUGAUAGAGCUAGAGGAGAAGGUAUUGCUUCUGCAUCCGAAGAUGAAGCAUCUAGUGAAUCAGAAUCAGAUUCAGAUUCAGACUCCGAAGAUGAAGUCGAACUUGAUGAAGAUUCAGAAAUAGAAGUCGAAGAAGGAAAACCAGAAGAAGGUGAACCAUCAUCCGGUUUCGCUGUCGUUAAUAUGGAUUGGGAUAACCUUAAGGCAGUAGAUUUAAUGGCUACAUUUGUUUCUUUCGUUCCAGCAGGAGGAUCUAUAAAAUCAAUCACUAUUUAUCCAUCAGAAUUUGGUAAAGAACAAAUGCAAAAAGAAGAAAUAGAAGGUCCACCAAGAGAUCUUUUCAAGUCCAAGAAAAAGAAAGUUGAAUCAGAUUCAGAUUCUGAUGAUGAUGAAAUUGAUGUCAAUAAUAAAGAUGAUUUAGAAAGAGCUGCAAGAAAAUUAUACGAAGAAGAUGAUGGCGAAGAAGAUUAUGAUAGUAAAGCUUUACGUCGUUAUCAAUUACAAAGAUUAAGAUAUUACUACGCAGUAGUGAAAUGUGAUUCCGUUAGUACUGCCAAAAAGAUUUAUGAUAAUUGUGAUGGUACAGAAUAUGAAUCAACUGCCAAUAUAUUUGAUUUAAGAUAUAUACCUGAAGAUAUGGAAUUUGAUGAAUCAGAAGCAAAGGAUAUAUGUACCAAAGUGUCAUCAAGUUAUAAACCAGAUUCUACUUUUGUAACGGAUGCUUUACAACAUUCAAAAGUGAAAUUAACUUGGGAUGAAACUCCAAAAGAUAGAUUAACAUUAUCAUCAAGACCAUUAUCCCAAAAAGAAAUCGAUGAAAUGGAUUUCAAAGCAUAUCUUGCAUCUGAUUCUGAUGGAAGUGAUGCCGAAGAUUCAAGUUUGAAAGAUAAAUAUAAGAAUUUAUUAGGAGGUAGUUUCGGAUCAUUUGGUAAAAAAGGAAGUAAAGAUGAUGAAGACGAUGAAGACGAUAUUGACAUGGAAAUUACUUUUGCUCCUGGUUUAAAGAACGAAGAAGAAAAGAAACCAGAACCAGAACAAGAAAAAGACGAGUCUACAAUUGAUUCCUAUAAACGUAAAGAAAAGGAACGUAGAAAGAGAAGACUUGCCAAGUUGAAAGAAACCCAACAGGCUGAAAAGGAAAAGAAGAAUGAAGAAAAUGGUGUUGAUUCUAAAGCUAAAGAUAAGAAGAAUAAAAACAAGAAUAAAAAGCAUAAUAUUGUUGAUGAAAAAUCAAAGGCUGAAUUAGAGUUAUUAAUGAUGGAUGAUGAAUCCAAAGAAGAACAUUUCAAUAUGAAAGAUGUUAUUAAAGCCGAAAAGCAAAAAUCAAAGAAGAAUAAGAAAGGUAGAAAGAAUAUCGAUACAGAAUUAACCCAAGAUAAAUUCGAGGCCGAUUUGAAUGAUCCUCGUUUCAAUGAAAUAUUUGAAAAUCACGAUUAUGCCAUUGAUCCAACAAAUAGUGAGUUUAAGAAGACUGAAACUAUGAAAAAGAUUUUAAACGAACGUUCUAAAAGAAAUCGUGAUGAAACAAAUAAUAAAGAUAACAGACAAAAUAAAAAACAUCACAAAAAUAAUCAAAACUCUAAUAAUAAAAAUGGCGGUAAUGAUGAAGUUGGUUCAUUAGUUAAUAAAAUUAAACUGAAAUAUAGAAAAUAAGUAUAGUGUAUUAUAGAAUUUUACUUUUAAUUAAUUGCAUUAAAUAUAUAAACAUGAUAGGUUAGAUAUUACAUCUAUUAUAUGCAUAGAAUUACUUCAAUGACAAAACAGGGCAAAAGUUUUUUUUGCACCUUCUUCAAAAGCGCUUCGCUGCAAGUUUAUGCUGCCCUAAAAGUAUAGGGAGGGACCAACUA